UGCUUGCCAUUGUCUCAAAGGUAAUCAACAAACAACUGACCCCCUUUUCCAGUCAGUGGGAACCUCACCAGACUGCCACAGCUCCUCAAAUACCAUGGAGAGUGGCUUAGACAUUUCAUCCCACCAGUCCCCUCAGGUCCUGUGAAAGCACCUCAUCGUGUCCUAUGGACUUGUGCACCCCCAGUUUCCUUAGACAGGCUCAAACCUCAUCUUCUCCUACAGAAGGUGGUUCAUUCUCCUCUCCCUUACCUUUCCUUCUGCAACUCUGCCGGGGUGCUUGGAACACCUGCCAGUGAGGACUGAAGCAAAAAAUCCAUUGCAUACCUCAGCAUUCCCCAUAUCCGAGGUGCAUGUUUCCUCAGUCUUCCUUCUAUCACCCAUGUGCCUACAGCUGCACACCUCUAUCUAUGGUUUGAGCCGCCUCUUCCUAAGCAUUCAAGACAUGUAGCACACCUAAUAUUUUCUAGGAAUAUAGCUAACACAUUCUAGGAAUGUAGCGAAUCAAUUCUGGGAACACAGCUAAUAAAUUCUAGGGUCUGUAAAUUCUAAAGCCCAGGCACGUGGUACCCGCUCUGCCAAGCGCCAGCCGAGGGGCCGAUUCCCACCGCCUGGCAGCACCUGAACUCCCGGUAUGCCGGGCUGGGAAAGGCGCAGCGGAGGAGGAGCCAACACACGCCGCUUUUGUCGUAUCUUUAAUGUCGCGGAGAAGAACCGCCAGCCGGCGCAGAGCGUGGCCGCAGUCCCGCGUUCGGGGCACGGCCCGCACCGCCCGGGCCCUCCCAGGCAGCUCACCCCGCCCGCGCCCCGCCGGCUCCCGCUUCCGGGGCGGUGCCAGCGCCGCGGCCCCGCCCGCCCGGCGCUCCCGGCGUGCCCCGCGCGCGAUGGCGGCGCCCGCGCUGUGCCGGCGCUGCGGGCGGGCGGCGGCGCUCUGGGGCCCGCGCCGGGCCCCGCUCCCGCCGCCGCCGCUCCGCCGCCGGGCCCACGAGCAGGCGCGGCGGGCGCGGGGCGCCGCGGGGCUGCUGGCGGCGCAGUGCGAGCGCGGGCUGUUCCAGGAGGUGUUCCCGGCGCAGAGCGCGGAGGAGCAGCUGCCGGCGCUGCUGGAGCCGGGCCGGCCGCCGCUGGCCGCCUACUGCGGCUUCGACCCCACGGCGGACUCGCUGCACGUGGGGCACCUGCUGCCCGUCAUGGCGCUGCUGCACUUCCAGCGCGCGGGCCACGACGUCAUCGCCGUGGUGGGCGGGGCCACGGCGCGGCUCGGGGACCCCAGCGGGCGGGAGCGCGCGCGGGAGCCGCUGCCGGCGGGGCGGGUGCGCGCGCAGGCGCGGGCGCUGCGCGCGGGGCUGGAGCGGCUGUUCGGGAACCACCGGGAGCUGUUCUGGGAGCCGGGGGCCGGGCGGCUCGGCCGCGCCGCCCUGCUGGACAACGCCCGCUGGCUCGGCCGGGAGCCGCUGCUCCGCUUCCUGGGCGGCGCGGGCGGGCGCCUCCGCAUGGGCACGCUGCUGAGCCGGCAGAGCUGCCAGGCGCGGCUGCGCAGCGCCGAGGGCAUGAGCCUGGCCGAGUUCCUGUAUCCCGCGCUGCAGGCCUACGACUUCCUGCACCUCCACCGGCACCACGGCUGCCGCAUCCAGCUGGGCGGCCACGACCAGAUGGGAAACAUCAUGUCCGGAUACGAGCUCGUCACCAAGAUGACAGGAGCAGAGGUGUUUGGAAUUACUGUACCUCUUAUUACGAGUACUACUGGUGAUAAACUGGGAAAGACUGCUGGAAAUGCAGUUUGGCUGAACAGGGAGAAGACUUCUCCUUUUGAGCUCUAUCAGUUUUUUGUCAGACAGCAAGAUAACGUAGUUGAAAAAUACCUGAAACUAUUCACGUUCCUUCCUCUUGAGGAGAUUGCCCACAUCAUGGAAAUGCAUGCUAAAGAACCUGAGAAGUGGGGCCCUCAGAAACGACUGGCUGCUGAAGUAACUAAGCUUGUCCAUGGUAGAGAGGGGUUGGAAUCUGCUAAGAGGUGCACUAAGGCCCUUUAUUACAGCAGUGUGGAGGCACUGGAAGAAAUGUCUGACCAAGAGCUACAGGAACUUUUCAGACAAGCUACUUCUGCUGAACUGAUGCUGGAACCUGGGAUGACUGUUCUUGACUUGUGUCGCAAAGCAAAUGCCAUUCCAGAAGGACCUAGUGGGUACCGGAAAAUUACAGAUGGAGGAGUUUCAAUAAAUGGGAAUCGUGUCACUAAUCCUGAGACUGUUCUUAUUCUGGGACAGCAUAUUCUGAAGAAUGGAGUAUCAUUACUUAGGGUUGGAAAGAAAAAUUACUACAUUAUAAAAUGGCUGCAGUUGUGACAACAGAGUAUCUCCCUAAAAUGACAGGUCUCUAACUCUGCUGCUUGAAGAUGUACUUGAAGAUAUUUCUGUGCAUUACUACAGAGCUCACAGACUGCCCAGCACUUCUUUUUCAAAGUGCACCAGAGUUCAAAUAAAGGAGCUGAGUUAUACCAGUGAAGAGAUUGUAGAUACUCUGCCUUAUUCAAAGCACCAUUCAUAAGGAUCUGCAUAAGAAGAAAAUGAAAAGAUUCAUUUCAAAGUCCAGCGAUGGAGAUGUGCUUCCUCUCCUGUAACAGGAGAACACUGUAGGAGAACAGUGGCCAGUUAUUCCACAGGAUAACCCACAGGAAAAUGAGCCAAAGCAAACUCAAACCCACUCCUUACAGCCAGUGUGUGCUCAUCUAACCAAGAAGCCUUGCUGAGGGCAAAGACCACCAACCUAUGGUCAUGUUUCCCUGAACAGGUUUGCUUUGAAGGAAGCUGCAGAGAAUUUGUAAUAAAAAUCAUAAUAAAUGAUUAGGCACUAAUGUAA